AUGGCAUACAGUUCCUCCAGUGACGGGCUAAACACCCGCGAUCUAGAACAGAAUGACGGCCACAACUUUCUCAUGAACAACUCGGUCCAGAUAUUCUCGUGGAAUGAUCUCACUGUCACCGUUAAGGACCGGCGGACGAAACAGCCUCGGAACCUGAUUGAGAACAUCAAUGGGAGCGUGCAGCAAGGGGAAUUAGUUGCGCUUAUGGGCCCAUCGGGCUGCGGCAAGACAACACUCCUCAAUGUCCUUGCGCGCCGCGCCGCCUCGUCUGGUGCUAAGUCUUCGGGCCACUGCUAUAUCAACGGCGGCGAGAUUGAAAAUGCGACUUUCGGACGCGUUACAUCCUAUGUUGAGCAGGAGGAUGCGCUUAUUGGGUCGUUAACGGUGCAGGAGACGUUGAAGUUUGCGGCUGACCUAUCUCUACCGGGGUUUGUGAGGAAUUCGGAGCGGGUUGCACGAAUAAAGAUGCUUCUCGAGGCUUUCGGAAUUCAGAACCAGGCAUCUACACUAGUUGGGACUCCGAUUAGGAAGGGCAUCAGCGGUGGACAGAAGAGGCGGGUUAGCGUCGCCAGUCAGCUUAUCACUUGUCCGAAGAUUCUGUUUCUCGAUGAGCCCACCAGCGGGUUAGAUUCGACUGCAAGCUAUGAGGUCAUCUCGUACAUCAAAAAAUUGGCUAGGGCUAAUAAGCUCAUCAUUAUUGCGAGUAUCCAUCAACCGUCUACAGCGACAUUCCAACUUUUCGAUAAGUUAUUGCUUCUUUCCGGCGGCAAAACCUGCUAUUAUGGCCCGGUCAGGGACGUCCCGUCAUACUUCGGUGGCAUCGGAUAUCCUGUGCCGCCUCAAACCAACCCUGCAGAGUUCAUGCUUGAUAUUGUCAGCUCUGACUUUGCGAGCAAUAAGUCUUCGAUGCAGGAUGACGUGACGAAAAUUCAAACUGCAUGGACGCGGUCUUCGCAGAGUGGUGGACUAGUUCGCCAGAGCGGGGAGCUCGCUGAAAAGAAUAGCAGGAACAUUAAAAUGGAUGAGACUAGUCGGCCAGGCUUGUUGGGUAUAACCCUUUCCCUCCUCCAUCGCUCGUUCAUCAAAAGCUAUCGCGAUGUUGUGGCGUACGGCAUCCGGAUAGUCAUGUACAUGGGUUUGGCAAUUAUGAUGGGCACUGUUUGGCUACGGCUAAAGACGGAUCAGGACUAUAUUCAGUCAUUUAUAAAUGCGAUUUUCUUCGGGUCAGCAUUCAUGAGCUUCAUGGCCGUCGCCUACGUCCCAGCUUUUCUUGAAGACCGUGCAACAUUCACAAAAGAACGGGCUAACGGACUAUAUGGCGCGCUCCCAUUCAUAAUCUCAAAUUUCAUCAUCGGCCUCCCAUUUCUCUUCCUAAUAUCCAUCCUCUUCUCCAUCCUCUUCCUGGACCUGGUCGCCGCCGAGUCCCUCGUCGUCUUCGUCACCUCCAUAUUCCCCAACUUCGUCAUCGCACUUGCCCUUGUCGCAUUUGCAAACGGCCUCUGGAUGAGCGUCGGUGGGUUCCUCGUCUCGCCUACAAUUUUGAACCCAUUCUGGAAAUAUGUCUUCCAUUAUAUUGAUUAUCAGGCGUACGUCUUCCAAGGAAUGAUGGUCAAUGAAUUCGCCUCCCGGACCUACUCCUGCGGUGCUGGCUGUAACUGCAUGUAUACGCCUGAUCCUGCGAGCUACUGCCAGAUCCGCGGAACGGCUGUUCUUGAGAAGUACGGGUACGCGACGGGCCGCACGGGUAAGUGGGUUGGCAUCCUCAUUGGGAUUAUUGCGGUCUAUCGCCUCUUCGGGUUUGUGGUGCUGUUUUUGAGGAAGAGGUAG